CUGAUAAAAAAAAAUAACGCUGUACCAUAAUUCACCACAUUAGUUUAACAUUAGCAAGAUACAUGUUUAAGUUUUUAAGCAUUCAAUUGCUCAAGAUGCGUUUUAUUUUGAAAGGAAACAGAAGUGCGCCUUUCAUUCAUUCUUCCGCUAGCCUGACAGCGACCGGUUUCUGUUGUGAUUAUGUGGAUUUAGCUAUUUGAAAGACUUGUUUUCUGAACACAGCAAAUAUUUUCAUGGCUUUCACUUCUUCCGUCGGUGCCGUGGAUCAACGAGACUAAUAACGAAGGUGUCCUGGAGGGCUUGAUGCUCUCCAUCCCUGCUCCCGCCCCGUGCCAAGUGUCAGUAUGGAUGAAGAAACCCUGGAGGCAGCCAUCUCCACCUAUGGUGCCCAGCUGCAGCAGGUGGAGACAGCCCUGUCAGCUGGCCUGGACCCAGCCCAGCAGUCAGACCUGCUCAAACUGAAAGAGGAUCUUUGUCAGCUCAUAGAGCUCACAGAGGCCAGUCUGGUGUCUGUCAAGAAGAGUCUGCUUCUGGCCAGCCUGGAGGACAGCAAUGGACAGCAGUCAAACACCUACGAGGCAGCGGCUGACACAAACGGUGCAAACGGCAGCUUGAGCGCCGAGUUCGAUGCUUUCUACUCUGAGCUCGGGGAGUCUUCUUUAGGUGGUAGCUCUGAUACUAGAGAGAAGGAAGAUGGUGAAGAUGAGGAGGAGGAGGAAGAGGAAGAAGAUGUGCUCAGUGGUACCAAAGUAAGAGCGCCCUACAGGACAAAAUGGGGGACACUGGAGUAUCACAAUGCAAUGGUGGUGGGGGCAGAACCACCAGAUGGAGAAGAGGAACAAGUACGAGUGUUCUAUGUGUACCCCACCCAGAAGUCCAUGAAACCUUGUCCGUUCUACCUGGAGGACAAAUGUCGCUUCCCAGAUAACUGCAGGUUUUCCCAUGGUGAGGUGGUGUAUGUGUCAGAGCUCAGAGAGUUCCUCGAGAGUGACCUCAGUAAUCUUGAAGAAGGCUCGUCCUGCUUGGCCCGACAAGAGGACGGCAUCUGGUACCCAGCCAAAAUCAAAGAAAUCGACAGUGGAUACUACACUGUGAAGUUUGACUCCCUGCUUCUGAAGGAUGCUGUGGUCGAGGCCGACUGCAUUAUCCCGCCUUUAAGAGAAGACGACGCACUUUCCUCUGACUCUGACCUGGACGACACCGGAGAUGGAGAUGAAAUGGGUUAUGCAAAAGUUCUGGACUCUGAAGAAUCCACAGUAACGUCAAACAGCGCUAAUUUCGGUGGCUGGGAAGCACACACCAGAGGCAUCGGAUCCAAGCUUAUGCUCAAAAUGGGCUAUGAGUAUGGAAAAGGCUUAGGAAAAAUGCAGGAGGGUCGAGUAGAGCCAGUCAUGGCAGUGGUCCUACCCAAAGGAAAGUCUCUGGACCAGUGUGCUGAGCUCACUCAGAGACGCACCCAGAGCAAGGCCGCUAAAGAUGGCACACAGGCAAGCAGGCCAAAGAAACGCAGAAAGCCUCGGGCCGCCACCGGAGGGCGCCAUAAUGUCUUUGACUUUUUGAACCACAAGCUUGGAAGCAAGAGCACUGAUCCUGCUGAGGGGGGUGCUGCUGCUGCGCCAUCAGCAGCCACAGGCGUGGAGGCUUACAGGGGAGGAAAAGGUACCAAGAGGAGUCUUAAUGUGAAGCUGUUCCAGGCUGCUGAGAGGGUGUCCCAGACGGAGAGGGAGAUCCAGAAACUGAGUGAGUCACUCAGCAGACAAACAGGAAGGGAGUCGUCCAGAGUGAAGCAGCUGGAAGAGAAGCUGUCAGCGGCCCGCCGGCUGCUGGCCCAGCAGAAAGCCCAGGAGCUGUCCAUCCAGAGUGAGCACAGGAAGGCUGACACACACAAGAAGAUGACUGAGUUCUAAGCUCGGUUCCCUCAAACAUUUGGAGGCUGAAAGGAAGCACUGCUCGCCUCAAAUGAACUUUUGUCCCUUGCCUGUUGCCAGUUAUUCGCUACACUGUUUGGUUUUUUUUUUAAGACUUUUUUUUUAUGUUAUUUCUCACCGGUAUCAUCGACUUGUGCUGGCGGCGGUGCCCAAUUUAUGCAGAAUGGAUCAUUUCUGCUUCUCAUUUUAUUUUCAUGGACUGAGUGGUUUUAUUUUGUGUGAACGGUUGUUCAGCUUCAAAUUGUACAGUUGACAACGAUGUGACAAAUAACAUUUGAUUUGUAAUGAA